AUGGUUGGAGAGACUCCCCUGGAUACUGUAUCGUCGGAAAUCCAUGAGGUCGAUCAGGAGAGAAUAUUUUCGGGGCAGCCUCCAAUAUUCAUUCUCCCCACUCAUAUGACCCUGGACAAGCUACACGAAACUGAAAACUGCUUGAUUAAACAUGGAGGGAAUCUGACAUAUGAUAUUGGCGAGGCGGGCUUGGUCUUGGGGACAAUCAGCCAUAAGAAACGUGCUGCGCUGGAGCUGCGCUCGCGUGGAAUAUGGACAGAAGAAAAACCAACUUCGGUCAGUAUUGACACAGAGCCCCGGCGGAAGCGACAGAAAACUGUCAAAUCGGAUCUCAACGUGAGUGCUACGGAGUUUGUGGAUCUCACUGUCGAGUCCGAUGAAGUGACAAGUCAGCACGACCCUUCUCGGAUAAUCGCACCGGUGACCGAUGAUCAAACAGUUACAGUUGUCAAAUUGGAUUGGCUAGAUAGCUCAAUCAAAGCCAGAGAAUCUCUUCCUCAUGAUCUAUUCCUAGUCUACAAGGGAUGGAAGAAGACAUCUGCAUCAGCCAAACCUGUCUCGCCCACCCUGAUACCAAGCCAGAUCAUUCAAAGGGCAAGAGAGGAUGCAGCCAAUUUUUCCCCAUCCAAAAACCAAUUUCAAGCGCGCCGCUUCAAACACUCCACAGACGGUCAUUCCAGCCAGCGAGACCCACCUGUCCUUUACCGACAAUCCACCUCCGAGCACGACGAGACUAUCUCACUCCCAACUCAGCCAGAAUGGGUUCGCAAUCAAGUGCUGUAUGCUUGCAUGCGCUCAGCACCUCUUCACACUCCAAAUGAAGAAUUCAUCUCUCAGCUCGUCAAGAUCCGUCGGAUCCGGGAGCUAACACUGGACGAGAUUGGCGUGCGAGCGUAUAGCACAUCAAUUGCCGCCGUGGCUGCAUAUCCCUACGUCAUCAAGCGACCCAGUGAGAUCAUCGCUUUGCCUGGGUGUGAUGUGAAAAUUGCCAAUUUGUUCGCGCAAUUCCAGCAACAUGGAGCGUGCAGUCAUACCGAUGACGAUGAAAAAUCUGAUGCAGCGGGGACUUUGGAGAGUGAUCCAGCCCUGCGUGUGUUGAACAUUUUCAACGACAUAUGGGGUGUUGGAGCUAAGACUGCUCGGGAUUUCUAUUACCAUCGUGGCUGGAGAGACCUCGACGAUAUCGUGGAGCAUGGCUGGACCUCUCUCUCCCGCGUGCAGCAGAUUGGAGUCAAAUAUUACGACGAGUUCAAAGCGGGCAUUUCCCGGGCCGAGUCCGAGAGAAUUGCGGCAAUCGUUCAGCACCAUGCUAAUCAGGUGCGACCUGACGCUAAUGGCGAGGUUGAAGCGAUUUUAGUGGGCGGCUAUCGACGUGGGAAGGAAAUCAGCGGCGAUGCGGAUAUUAUCAUAACCCAUCGUGAUGAUGCUGUCACUCACGGUCUUAUUGUUGAUAUCGUUGCGAGUCUUGAGAAGGAACAAUACAUCACCCACACACUUUCUUUGCAUCUCACUUCAACGCUUCGCGAACAGCAAACAUUACCUUUUCGAGGCGAUGAAACUGGAAAGCAUUUUGAUAGCCUCGAUAAAGCGUUGGUGGUUUGGCAAGAUCCCAAUUUUGAUGAUGCGAAUUCGGGUGAUCAGUCCAGUCGAAGACGAAAUCCCAACCCGCAUUAUCGUGUUGACAUCAUUAUAUCGCCUUGGAGGACCGUCGGCUGUGCGGUACUUGGUUGGUCCGGUGAAACAACUUUUCAGCGGGAUUUGAGACGACAUGCGAAAAAGGCCCAUGAUUGGAAAUUUGAUUCUAGUGGCAUACGGGAACGCACUUCUGGGGGUCGUAUUGUGGACUUGGAGCACGACGGUGAUACCUGGGAAGCUAGAGAAAGACUAGUCAUGGAGGGAUUGGGAAUCGGGUGGAGGCCGCCUGAGGAGCGGUGUUCACGAUAA